CAUCAAACGUAGGCACGCUGUUGUUUCCUUCUCGAAACAACUCUGUCCCUUCCCUCUGGACGCCUUCGCAAUGAUGACGUAGGAGAGAAUCCAUCUCUGCCCACCACUGUGAUGGGUGUAUAAAUCAUCCCCGGGAUCUCAAGCAAUCAUCCAGUCGCUCCGUCUCGAGACCGUGUGCUCCAGAUCUAACCGUCAGCAGAGAUAGCAGACAGCAGGCACGUCCUCGCGCUCAGGCUAACUCGCUUUCGGUUUUGGUUCGAAAUGGACUCUCGCUCGAAAAUUCGUGGACCCAAGACGCUCAACUUUAAGAGUGCUCUGACGCUGUGGCUGGUGCUGUGGCUGAUUAUGUGUCGGUUUGUACCAGGGGAAGCAUGUCCAAAGUUGUGUGUGUGUUACCCGUCACCUAUGACGGUGAGCUGUCAAUCACAGAACUUCACAUCGGUCCCCAUCGGUGUACCGUACGACUCGCAGCGCGUCUUUCUGCAGAACAACCACAUCACAGAGCUCCGUGCUGACUCUUUUGGCUUUGAAACGCAGGUGCUGUGGCUGUACUCCAACAACAUAUCAUUGAUAGAGGCGGGUGCGUUCAGCUCCCUGCGUGUGCUGGAGGAGCUGGACAUGGGGGAUAACCCGUGGCUGCAGCGGCUGGACGGCGAGGCCUUCCGUGGCCUGGAGCGCCUGCAGAGCCUGCACAUGCACCGGUGCCGCCUCACCGGGCUCCCCGCCGACCUCUUCCUCAAGCUCUACAGCCUGCAGUUCCUCUACCUGCAGGAGAACCUGCUGACACACCUGGCCGACGGGCUCUUCUCCGACCUGGUCAACCUCACGCACCUCUUCCUCCACGGCAACCGCAUCCGCACGCUGGGCGAGAACGUGUUCCGCGGCCUCGUCAACCUGGACCGGCUGCUCGUCCACGACAACAAGAUCCGGCAGGUGCACAGGCGCUCCUUCCGCGACCUGGGCCGUCUCACCAUGCUCUACCUGUUCAACAACUCCCUGACGGAGCUGCCGGGCCAGGCGCUGAAGGACGCGGGCUCGCUGGAGUUCCUGCGCCUCAACGCCAACCCCUGGGCCUGUGGCUGCGAGGCCCGCGGGCUCUGGGACUGGUUCCGCCAGGCCCGCAUCUCCAGCUCCGAGCUCAUCUGUGCCGGCCCCGCCCAGCGCCGCGGCGAUGACCUGCGCUUCCUGCGUGAGAUGGACUUCGCCCUGUGCCCGCUGCCCGACCCCGGAUCACUGGCUGGAACCACCACCACCACCUUCAGCACCAAGACCCGCUGGUGGUUCUCCAAGCACAAGCCCGCCAAGAGUGCAAAGUCCGGUGCGUCCAGCAAGGGAAUGCUCCAGAAGAGCACGGAGAAGAGCGCCAUCAAACCCCUCCAGCCCUCAUCUUCAUCUUCGUCCUCCUCGUCUUCCCAGUACGCCCUCUCUCCAGAGGAGGUGGCUCUGCCCAAGCUGGAGCCAGAAGAAUACUGGGCCAACUACGGCAGUGAAGAUGCCGCCUCCAUCCGCUGUUUCGACACGGACUGCUAUGACGACCCAACCCUGCCCUCCUCUUCCUCAUCCUCUUCGUCCACUCUCUCCCCUGUUCUCUCUGUACACUCCCUCCUCCUCUCCUCCUUCUCCUGCGCUUUGGCGCUCGCCCUGCACCUCCUCUUCGGCUGAAGCACUCUCUCCACCAGUCGCAUCAGUCUCUUUGCCCCUCUCCUUGGGUGCUUUGCCUUCUGCCUUCCUUUGGCCUCUGGGCCUGUGAAGGCCACUGUGUUGUUAACAGAUGCAUGUGCAUUUACUAACACUCAGUAAUACACACACAUACAUACACAUACUCACGCUUGUACACACACACACACACACACACAUACAUACAUAGACAGAUCGUGUGGUUGUGAGCCUAGAUAGAAUGCAGCAUAAGGUAGGCUCACAUGCUUGCGCUCAAACAGAUGUGUGUACGUGCUCUCACACACACACACACACACACACACACACACACACACACACACACACACGCGCCAUUCGGGCACACACCUGCCAGCAGUGUUCAGAAACACAUGCAAAGUGCACACACAGGCAGACAUGAAAGGGCACUUACAUAAACACAGCAUAGACUGAGGACCUGAGUGAUCAUGUCAUACAGCGGCAUGAUAGAGAAAUGUUAGAGAUGGGGAAAGAUGGAGAGAGAAGAAGAUAAUCGCAGCAGAAACAAAACACCACCCAGCAAAGAAUUUGUAAAUACCGUCUGUACAGGUCUCACUGCUCUGCGUAUACACACAUUUACACACACACUGUGAUGGAGUGACAAUUUCUUAUUUCUAACACACACACACACACACACACAACAAGAUAUGAAAGGAAAUCCCUGUGAAAGGAGUCAUUGUGACAAUUGACAAAACCGUGUUUUGGUUUUGAGGAGUUGCACUUUUUUGGUUGCACUGUUUGGUUUUGUUUCAUUUUCCACUGGUUGAGUUGGUAUGUGUGUGUGUGUGAGAGAGACUUUGUUAAUAUUACUACUGACUUUCUCAGUCUGAACAUACAGUAUGUUGGUGUGUGAGAGAGAGAACAUGCUUGUGUAUGUGACAGUGUGUCUGCUGUGAUCAUCAUGAAACUCUGACUCUUUCAACAAAACUGUAAAUGUUUCAAUAAAUGACCAUUUCUAAACCA